AUGUCGCUCCAGCUGAAUUGUCCCCAAUCCCCUUGUGGUCCUAUUGUGCAGCAAAGGGCUUGGAAGAAGAAAGUCGAAAAGGCCCAUCCUACGCAUGACCAGUUCUUGUCGUCAUUGCACCUUGAUCCAUCUCUUCCUGCCGCUGGGAGAAGUGAGGGCCCUGAACAAAAAUACUCUCAUGUUUAUCCAAGUGAAUCGGCAGAACAAGGGAGUCAUAGUGUGUCAAACAUCCCUGCACGAGAUAAAGUGUCCAUGAUUCAGAAUCACAUACAGCAGUUAAGUCAACACAGAUUCUUUAAUCCACGGGAUCCGAUGAAUAUAAACUUGCGAAAAGCCUUUCUGGAAUUUGACACAGGCUUGAGUGGUACAAUUUCAAAGGAUAACUUGAGAGCCGUUCUGAAAAACCUUGGAGUUGACAUGGACCAGGACACGUUUGAAAAACUCUUUGAAAUAUGUGAUACAAAUCAUACUGGUUACAUCGACUACCAAGAAUUUGCCAAACACUUGACGAAGGACCUCCCCCUGAGUCGGGGAACUAAACCUGUGGCUUCUUCAGUAAUGAAGGCGGACUUCUGCCCACCAGAACAGAGAAGAUUCACGUCCGCUCAGUUACGCACUAUAGAGAUGGCGAAAAGGAUUUCCCCUUUAUCAGUGAGCUCGCACUACUUCCACAAACAUCACUCAGGAGCACCUCGUCUGUCAACCACUGGUCAAGAUUUUAUCAGACCUGAUAGAAUGCCAGGCACUCCUCGUCUGUCUGCACGGUAACAUUGGACUGAAAACACUCACUACUUGAUGUAAACAUCACAGCCCUCAUAUCAUUGAGGCCGGAGUUUGCCAUGCGAUCAGAAAUGCCUGAAUAAUUGACUAGCGUUGACAUGUCAACUAUGCAAGGCAAUUGCAUUGAAGACGUGAACGCUAUGUUUAGACACCUCCUCGCCGGACUUUAAGGUGCUUUUCCUAAAAAGAAGUGAAAUGACAAAUAGCAUUUUUGUAGUCGCAAUUCGAAAACAGGGUUUUUGAAGUUAUUUGUUACAUAGAAAUCUCAUAAUAUCCUUGUUUCAAGGUCGUCGAUCAUUCUCCAGCCCAAGGCUUUACCAUAUUGAAUAAUUUAUAAGUCUAAUAUUAUAACAUUUUUAAUAUGGUGUAAAAUGUGUAAAUAAAGACCGGUUUUUAUUAUAUUAAUGUGCUGUUGAAUAAAAGUUGAACCACUUUUUAAGUCUAUCCAACUCGCAGUUGUAAAGAAGUUGCCGUUACAGUGUCGUUGAUUAAAACUAAACAAAGGUAUCAGUUUCUGAAUAAUAGCCAUCACAGUCAAUGCGACAUACGCGCAGCGAACGAUAAGAAGGUUCGUACUAGUAUCGUCGAGUAUACAACGGCUUUCCUGUAAUCUGAUUGGCUGUAUUUUGUAUAGCAUGGUAUAAAGUUUGAUAUGAUACAGUAUUACACACUUUGAUGCUUUCUAAAAGAACAAGAUCGGGAUCACAUACAUUGUAAAACUAGAACACAGUUUUAUUACUUUUGUCAGAUUACCGUUAAUGAUAAUUUCUACUAGAAAGGAAUCAAAGUACGCUUAAGAACAAAACACUGUUUUUGACUUGUAAUGAAAUUGGUAUUUGCAACUGGUUAUCAUUGUCAACAGUUUUAUACCCUUUUAAAUCAGUUGUACACACACCACUUCUCGUUCAAUUAAAUAGUUAAUUUGUAUUAAAUUAAUAGCUCCUAUUAAAUGUUCGUGCAAAAACAAUCAAGUUUGUUGAAGCUAAAUACUUGAUAAGGGAAACCAAUGCAAAAUUCUUGGCAAUAUUCCAAGAGAAUGCUUCGUUUUGAAGUAUUACUGCAAACCAAAAGCCUAAAGAGACUACAUGUAGAAUAUCUUCUUGCACUAACUCGAACUUUAAGACUUCAUAGAAACUUACCCCACCCCGAAUUUUAGAAACACUGGAAUUAAUUCUUCGUAGAUGUUGUUUCCUUUAUCCUUAGUUUGCUUAUACGCUGAGCUGCUUUCUAUAUUUAGUGUGUCAGUUUUGACAGCAAAAUACCCCGGCACACCCGGAAUUUUUGAAAUUUCCAUAUCACGUAAUUUCUACCUUCAAAUCUUUUGUUUUGUUCUUUGGCAGCUUGUAAACUAGAACUGCUUUUCUCCCCGGAGUCACUCAUCUCACGACGAAUCUAUUUUUUACCGAAAAUGUUCAAAUAAAAGCUAUUUAUCUUUUUGCCCUUGAUGAGCCUC